GCUCAAGCUCCAACCGCAACCAUGGUCGCCCAGACGCCCAGCAAGGGAGGAGCGCGCACUGCGCGCACACCGCCAGGUCCUAGAAGGAUAGAUCCGACUCCCCAAGAGGCCUACUUCUUCUUGUACAUCCUCAAGCACUGCAGGAACAAGCCCGAUGUCGACUGGGACGCCGUCGCUGAAGAGGCCAACUUCAAGAACGGCGCGACUGCCAAUGCCCGCUUCCGGCAAAUUAAACAGAAGCUGGGUUUCCAUACGCCUUCAACCCCCAAGAAGGCCAAGAACUCGGGCGAGGCAAGCGGCUUGAAGACGCCUCGCUCCGGCGUCACCAAGAAGGCGGCCACUCCGCGCAAGCCCAAGGGCAAGAAGAUUGUCGACCGUGCCGACGACGCUGAGCGUGGCGAUGAUGACGAGGACCCGAAGCGGGAGACCGCCCGUCUGGUAAAGGUGCAACGCCCGGACGAGAUGGAGAACACCGCAAGCCGCAUCAAGGACGAGGAAGACGACGAGGACCAGCAGCCACCGUUCUCUUCGUCCAUGUUCGCCGACGUGAAGUGCCCCGACCUAGCCUCGCAGUAUCCGGUCUAGAUAGUCUCGCGGCCACUGUCUCCCAUUUGAUUUGCGACUAUCUCCCAUUCUCUUGGCGGACAAGGUACACCGGUGGUAUACCUCUGGGCCGUCUGGCACUUCUUCUUUCCUUUUUUUCCUUCGCCAACACAGGCCCGCC